GUUUUACCGCGCCGUGUCGUGAGAAAAGAACUCAAUCUGUGAAGACUAUUUUUCGUUGAAGGUGGUCGGUCUUUUUUCUUCUCGAGCAGAAUCAAGCAAGAUAAGCUUGACAAGAACCGAAACAAAGAUGAAAGAGUACAAAAAUUUGCAGGAUCCAGAUUUCCAGUCUUUUGUGACCCUUUCGCUCCUGUGACAACGCCUACCCUUCUGCCAACGAUUUCCCAGUGUAGCGCUUGUUCGUAAUAUUUUCUUGAGUUGUCCAAAAUCGCUGGCGUGACGUCGUGACCAAAAUCGCCCUGAUGUCGUCCUCCAAAAUCGUUUCGAUUUCCAAAAUCGCUUUGGCCCUCGGUGGUCCGUGUUACUUAGCCCUCGCAACUUUUGUCGACUACGAGGGAGAACAAAAAUAAACAAAACGCAAACACCGAAAAAACGGCUCAAAUCGUGCUCUUUAUGCGCUGCAAUACGGACAAACUCUGGAAUGUCAAAUCUGUAAAACAGAAAAUAAGCACAUAGGUUACAGCUCUAGACUGCGAUAGAUUUAAGAACUCGAGUUUACUUUUCUAAGUGCUUGAUGGUUAGAGCUCUCGUUUUUUACUAGGUUUUCGAAGUAUUCUUGAUUGUUAGAGCUCUCGUUUUUUACUCGAUUUCGAACUAGGUUCAAUCAGCUUCACUCCGGCACUUAUACAAAAGCUUUUGACGACAUCUACCUUUCUGAGGUCGGCUAAGAAGGACGCCCCCCUGGGAAGGGGGGACACCCUCCUGCAAAGACUUUCUAGGACACACUUCCUGCAAAGACUCUUCGCCGCCCCGGAUCGUUCCGUAGACCAUACGACAAUCCGGCGCAUGGGCAACAGCAAGUUCCUCGGCUGGCUGUUGAUGUUUGUAGAAGUAGCUUCAACAACAUCUCCUCAUCACAGUCGAUUGCUUCAUCAGCACAAGAAAAUAUAGCCCAAACGCAAAAGCUUCAGCCGAGGAUCAAGGUGGAGGCUCUGACGCACGGGAGGAGUGAUCUACUUCGUGUUCAUCGCCAGCUUCUAGCAAUAUCGUCACCUCCUGCUUCUACGAGACCAUGACCCUACGAACAAUUCCUGCUUCUACGAACAAUUCCUGCCCAAGCUUCUUCGGGACCAAAAAGCCAGCAGCGUAGUCGAGCACGCAGGAGUAGACCACACCGCCUUAUUGCGAUAACUGCCGCACCUCUCCGCCGCCGCUAUGCAGCAGCAUAAUCCCGCAGAAGAUGCCCGCUUGGUGGUGGAAUCCCAAGGCUAUUUAUCGAAUGGAAAAGUGUCUGGGUCUGGAACGAAACAACGCGUCGUGCUCAAUCUGAAUCGUGUAAAAAUCUGUGUUGCAUGAUUAGCAGAGGCUGUCCACUUUUGACCGAAUCGAGAGGCAGUUUCUCACGCAGGAUAGGCAUGAUAGAACCCUCACAGAAUCUGUCAUGCUAUUGCUAUGUCCUUCAUACCAGACUUCAUGGCUCAUGUAAACCGUGCAUGUCGAAUCCUCAGAAUCUUCCAUACCCAGACAAAUUUGCAUUUGAUAAUGUAUCCAAAACAACAAAUCUCUAUUAUCCCGAAAAUACUGAAAAGCUCCAGUACCGUGGAGCUUGUUGCAUAGACGGAGCUGAAAAUUGUUUCACAGAAAAAUAAGAUACCUAGUAUUGUGAUUGUACCGCAACCUCGGAUGUUCUUGUAUUUUGCGUAACAAGUCCAAAUCGUAGGAUGAGCAGCCAUGAAUGUCUCCCUGUAUUGUAGUAAAUUGCUUCCAAAUAU